UUGCUCUUCAAGGAACCUUUCGCUAUUACUGUCUCUUCCAAAAUCUGGAACUUGUUAGACGAUGAAGCGAAUUUGAUCCCAAAACUUGUUAACUCCUUCAAAUUCGCUGAGAAGUCCAAAACGGCUACAUGGGUGGAUUACAAGAUAUUUGACGGCGCUGUGGAAGAGCUGAAGAUACCAAAGGAUAGUGUGUCUGUCGAAGAUAUGGAUAAGGGAAUUCACAUAAAGAUGAGCAACAUCAAAUUCAAAUGCUCCAUGAAGGCAACGGUCAAAGUUGGAGUUUUUGCACUUAAAGCUGGUGUGACCAGCGACGUAAUAGUGCAAUCUAAGGAUGCUGAGAUGGAUAUAGCUCUUUACUGGGAGAACUUCGCUUUCAAACCUGCAGUUAUGGUGAAAGCAAAUCUUGACAUCAAAUAUGAUGGCAUGCUGAAUGCUGCUGGUUUCUUCAAAAAAGCCUUUGCCAAACAAGCAAAGGCAUUUAUUGAAGAGGGUCUUCCUGCGAUGAUUGCUGAGCGCAUCUCCGAAAUGUUGAAUCCUCGAUUGAAAAUGUUGCAACGAUUGUUUACCGGAUUGGGACUGUCACGUUAUGAAAUUCAAGUUAAUUCGAACAAUGGAACCAUCUCAAUGGCUUUGAGACCAGAAGGGUAUUUGCGAGAGGUUGUGAACUGGUAAUA